GUUCUUGCAGUAGAGAAACGCUGUUUCGUCUCCCGUUCAGACAAUCUACACUCGUUGUUAAAUUGCUUCCGAAGAAUUCAAGAUCGUCAAUUACAACAAGUUUUGGACCAAGAGAAUGAAAUGGCUUCCAAUGAAUCACAUGGUAUCAACGUAACGCAAGUAUGUGCUGAUAUAUUGUGUGAAUUCUUAGAGGUUGCUUUCCAUCUCAUCCUUUAUAUAAGAGAGCUAUAUCCACCGGGAAUAUUUGAACGACGUAAGAAGUACAAUGUGCCUGUGCAGAUGUCUUGUCAUCCUGAAGUGAACCAGUACAUCACAAAUGUGUUACAGAGUGUCAAACCUUUAAUAGUCAAGGAUGAACUUCAUCGAGUGGUCUUAGCUGUUCUUAACAGCAGUCACCAACCUGUGGAGAGAUUUGUAUUUGAAAUUGCACCAGUUAUUGCACGGUCACUCAGCAAUGAUAAUUAUUUACUGCGACUGGAACAGUCAUUGAGAGCUUUUUUACUUAAACUGAAUGUCUGUGAUGCUGUACUGGAAGAAAUCCCAUCAGAUUGUUCUUUCAUAAUUUUAGUUUACACCAAGGAGUCUUCAGUAUUAGAAAUAGAACAGACUCAGUUUAUACAGAAUUUCCCAUGGAUAGAGGCUGAUAAAAGUAACUAUACAAUGAAUGAUGUUAAGAUGGUUCCUUUGAAAGCUGUGUCAUCAGAUCUUAUUAAGAUGCAACUUUAUGCUGAAGAAAGCAAACAGAAAAUAUCCUGAUGUUAAAACAUCAAAAUGGUGGAUGAUAGAAUGUGAACAUACAUUUUGGACUAUAUAUCCUAUGAGAAUAAUGUGGACAAAUCAAUGAUUCAGAACAGAUGGGAAUUACUGUAUGCAUAAAUCAACUGUAGACAGUGCAGUAAAUGAUGAAGACAAUUUGAAUAUAAUAAUGAAAUUGAAUUCACUUUUCAAUAUUAUAUUUUUUUUUUUGUAUUAAACUGCAUAGAAAAUGUAAGAAUAGAUCCUUUGUUUAUCAGGAACACAUUUCAAUGGACUUGAUUACGGACAAUGCAUGACGCAAAUUUCACCCGGAAAUUCCACAGUGUGCUCUCGCAAUUACAGAUUUAGUCAUUUUUGCAAGUUUUGCCAUUUUUGUUGUCACGUGGUUAUUAUGUGAACAAUGAAUGUCUGGUUUAUGUGAACUUGCCCCUCUAUACUUAUGCUUUUGAAUUAUAUACGCUAAAGUACGGUUCUGAAUGAGACAACAGACAGAGAAUGCUUUAUUCAAAAACAUCAUCAAACCCUUCUCGCUACCUUAAGCUACUCUAAUGAUGAUUUAAAGAUUUUAAUGAAUCAGGAAUAGAUACAACAUUUUGUUCACCAUGUCUAUGGAGCAACUUUCAUGUAUUUUGAAAUAUGUGUACUGAGCAUUUAAUGAGUAUACCACAUGCCUCAAACAGUUGUCUCUGGUCUAUGCGUUGUAUAUGAAAUAUAGACUGUGAUAUUUAAAACGGGGGAGUCAUCACCUGUGCAUGUGUCAGAUGGUCAUAAUGUGUCAUUGUUUACAAAUAGCAUCUACCCAUGAGCCUUUGCAUUUUUAGCGUGUGUUGUUAUCUUCGCUUGGGACUCAAUUCCUGCGUAUGCGCAGGUGACACCCUCUUACUUUAAAAAAACUGCUUGCUAAUGUCUAUUCAUUUGUUAAUUUUACUUGUAAACACUGUUUUCAUUCAGAGUUUCAAAAUAAUAUGUAAGCUCUAUUUAAUUGAUUAAUUAGUUAAUUACAAAUUUACAUAAAUAAGUUUUUGAUAAGAUACAAGUGGUAUUGUCAAUAUUAUUAUUACUUGGGUUGUAAUGGUUGUAAUGAUGAUCAACUCAGAAAAAGAUUAUGAGUGUGUGAUGUGUUGACUCAGGAACACACCAAACAUCAAAGAAAACAGUAGCUUUCAAGUGUAACUUCUUGUUUAUUCCGCCAUUUUCAGUUACCCCAUGGCACUACUUUUUACAUAUCAAUACACUCAGGUGAUCAGAUGACAUAUAACACCAUUACAAAAGUAUGUAUUCUGAGGCAUACAAUAAACGUGUACAGUGUACAGAUUAUGACUACAGUUCAAAUUCACCACACAAUGUUACUAACAAUACUGUUUGCAGUACAUAGAUACUUUGGAUUUAUAAUUUUAAUUGAGCUUGAUGAUGAUUGCUAAUGCAGUUCAGAUCUAAUGUGCACAUACAAAAAACGAAUCCAUUUCGUGUCACGUUUGAUAUAAUUGCUUAGAAGUCAGUUUUGAAAGGAUGAAUACUUGUUAAAAAAAGUUUUUCAUAAGCAUUCUCUGCAUAUGGUCAUUUUGUCACAAUACUUUUAUAAUGUAGUUAAAAAAAUUGUUAUUUUUGUCUCAAAUUUUGCACAUGCAUUUUUUAAAUCUGUUUUAUUACCUCCACUGUCAUCAAAAAUGACUGAGUGAGUUCAUGUGUUGACUGGAGCUGUCAUCGUCUGUCUAUCGUCAAAUUUUUUCCAAGCGACUUCUUCUCCCAAACCAUAAACUCGAUCACCUGGCUAUUUAUCGCACAGCUACCUGGGGUGGUCCUCUGUCAGAUUUGUGCAUUUCAUGACAUCACAUCUAAUUCUCUAUUUUUUAGGGAAUAUUUUUAGUCAAAAAUGAAUGUUCUUGACAUGGACUAGACUCUGACUUUCUAAUUUCAUGAGACCAUAUGCAAGUGUUUUUUAUUGUAAAUAUUUCUUUGCUCAUUUUCGCAUAUUUUUGACUUGCCAAAAUGCCUGCCAGAUUGCUAUAAAAAUCUUGUCUUGACUGGCCAUAUCAUACUCCACAACGUCCAUAUUUUCAAACUGGUAAUAAUACAAUGACCAGUUUCUUUUAUAGUGCCAAACUUUAUCAACAUCUCUCCACCCAACAUUUCCAACUUUCCAACUUUGCCUUAGCACUAAUUGUUUCAGGCUUUAAUUGCCAACAUUCAGAAUGACUGUAAUUAUUCUUGACAAAGUCAGUUAAAAAUUACAGUAGUAGAGAUUUUUUCUCUCAUAGAAGUGAUUGUAUAAUCGAUGUACAAAA